AUGCUUGACUCAUCAACCGUCUGGUUCAUCACUGGCUGCUCAUCUGGCCUGGGCAAAUCCCUGGCAGGUCUCAUCCACGGCGCCGGCCAUCGGCUUGUGGCCACAGCUCGCAACGUGGACGCCCUCUCCUACCUCCCUGAUGACCCAAAUGUGCUCAAGCUCAGCCUGGAUGUCACCUCGAAGCCAGCCAUCCAUGACACCCUGUCCGCCGCGGUGGCCAAAUUCGGCCGCCUCGAUGUGGUGGUCAACAAUGCCGGCUACGUCCUCAUGGGCGAUACAGAAGCUAUCCCCGAGUCCGACGCUCGUCUCCAACUCGACACCAUUUUCUGGGGCCCUGCUCUCAUCUCCCAGGAGGCCGUUCGCAUCUUCCGCGAGGUCAACCCCGCCGGGGCUGGCGGGACCAUCGCGCAGAUCUCCUCGAUUGGCGGGUACAUGGCGUUCCCCGGCAGUGCGUUUUAUCAAGCCGGGAAAUUCGCGCUGGGCGGGUUUACGGAAUCCUUUGCCAAGGAGAUGCAUCCCGACUGGCGGAUUCGGUUCUUGGUUGUCGCGCCGGGCGGGAUCAAGUCCAACUUUGGGGGCAAUGGGCAGUUUGUUCCCAGGCAUCCGGCGUACGAUACCCCCGACGGCCCGCUCAAUCAGUUGUUGAAGUACAUGAUGGAUCCGGCGGCUCAGGCGUCCUUCUCAGAGGCGGAUCGGUGCGCCAAGGCACUCUUUGAUGUCCUUGUUGGGCAGGAUGAGCGGCGAUUGCCGGGGAGGUUGCUGCUAGGACCGGAGACGAUCCCGUUGUUGGAGGCUGAGAUGCAGAAGUCUCGGCAGGAAAUGGAGGCGUGGAAGGACGUGACCGUCAGCACUUCGUCAACGGGUGGUGCUAAGGAUGUGCCGACUCUAUGA